GAAAAGUCAUGAGCUGAUUCUUGUUCUAUUUUUUUUAUUUACUUUAAAUUAUUUGUUUUAGAUGUUUUCAUAUUAUUUUUAAAUAUAUAAAAUUUAUAUUUUAAAAAAUAUUUUUAGGUUUCAAUGUGUUUUAGGAAACACAAAAGGCCAAACAAGCUAUAUGUAUAUAUGUUUAUAUACACACGCCAUAAUUUUUUGCAGUCAAACAAAUCAUCCAAUCACCGCCGUUAGAUUCUCAACUGGUUGCUGUCGGCAAAUUAAAUUUCCCCGAUCUCCCCUAUAAAUAGUCUCCUCCAUUACAGAAAUCCUCUUUCUUAAGAUUAAUUUCAAACACAACAACAUCUCCUAUAUUUAUAUCUACUUGUGCAGGUUGAAAGAACGAACGUAUACAUAAACACUUUAUUUCAUGGCAACCAAAUUCUUGGCAUUAGCAUGCAUUCGCAAAGAGAGUACCUAUGGGGAUUUAUCACCAAGGCCAAGGUAUCCUUCGAUGCCGAAGUACCCGAAAGGGGUUUCAGUUCGAGAAACGAACGUGGAAGGAUCAGAGGCAAAGGCAGUGUUUUCUGUGAUGGGAAUGACAUGUUCUGCUUGUGCUGGAUCGGUUGAGAAAGCUGUCAAGAGGCUUCCUGGGAUUAGAGAGGCUGUUGUUGAUGUCAUGAAUAACAAGGCUCAAGUUCUGUUCUACCCCAGUUUCGUUAACGAAGAGACCAUUCGUGAGACUAUUGAAGAUGCUGGAUUUGAGGCUACAUUGAUUCAAGAAGGGACCAGUGAUAGAUCCACUCAAGUAUGCCGAAUUCGUAUUAAUGGAAUGACUUGCACUUCUUGCUCCUCUACUGUUGAACAAGCUUUGCAAGCAAUUCCAGGUGUGCAGAAAGCUCAAGUAGCCUUAGCAACUGAAGAAGCAGAAGUUCAUUAUGAUCCAAAUAUCCUGAGCUACAAUCAGAUAUUAGAAGCAAUAAACGAGACAGGAUUUGAAGCCAUACUACUUAGUACUGGCGUAGACAUGAGCAAGAUAGGGCUCAAAAUUGAUGGAGUAAGAACACAGAAUUCAAUGAGAAUAAUUGAAAAUUCUCUUCAAGCUCUCCCUGGUGUUCAAAGUGUAGACAUAGAUCCUGAAGUCAACAAAAUUUCCCUUUCUUACAAACCGGAUGUAACGGGUCCCAGAAAUUUUAUCAAUGUGAUUGAAUCAACUGGGACGUCAGGGCGAUUCAAGGCAACGAUAUUUCCUGAAGGAGGAGGAAGAGAAAGCCAUAGACAAGAGGAAAUUAAACAAUAUUACCGAUCUUUCCUAUGGAGUUUGGUUUUCACAGUUCCUGUGUUUUUAAUAUCCAUGAUUUUUAUGUACAUUCCUGGAAUUAAGCAUGCAUUAGACACCAAAAUAGUCAAUAUGCUGUCUAUAGGAGCAAUCUUGAGGUGGGUGCUAUCUACUCCAGUUCAGUUCAUCAUAGGCCGUCGAUUUUAUACAGGUUCUUAUAAAGCUUUGAGGAACGGUUCUCCUAACAUGGAUGUGUUGAUCGCCUUAGGAACAAAUGCAGCCUACUUUUAUUCAGUCUAUUCGGUGUUGAGAUCCGCUACCUCUCCAAGUUUUGAGUCCACAGAUUUCUUUGAGACUAGCUCAAUGCUUAUCUCAUUCAUUCUUCUCGGGAAGUAUCUUGAGGUUCUGACUAAGGGAAAGACAUCCGAAGCCAUUGCCAAGCUUAUGGACUUGGCACCCGGCACUGCAAUAUUGUUGACUUUGGAUGAUCAAGGAAAUGUGGUCCGCGAAGAAGAAAUUGAUAGUCGGUUGAUACAAAGGAAUGAUGUAAUUAAAAUCAUACCUGGUGCCAAAAUAGCUUCAGAUGGUUUUGUUAUUUGGGGGCAGAGUCACGUGAAUGAGAGCAUGAUAACAGGAGAAGCACGGCCAGUUGCAAAGAGGAAAGGUGACACAGUGAUUGGAGGGACUGUGAAUGAGAAUGGGGUGUUGCAUAUUAAGGCAACGAGGGUUGGAUCGGAGAGUGCUCUUUCACAGAUUGUUCGACUUGUUGAGUCAGCUCAGAUGGCUAAAGCUCCUGUCCAGAAGUUUGCUGAUCGUAUCUCCAGAUACUUUGUUCCUCUUGUCAUUAUUCUUUCCUUUGCAACCUGGCUUGCGUGGUUUUUAGCUGGAAAGUUCCAUGGAUAUCCAGGCUCUUGGAUACCAAAGUCCAUGGAUAGCUUUCAGCUUGCUCUCCAAUUCGGAAUCUCUGUUAUGGUCAUAGCCUGCCCUUGCGCUCUUGGAUUAGCAACUCCAACUGCUGUCAUGGUUGGUACUGGAGUCGGUGCAUCUCAAGGUGUUCUAAUCAAAGGUGGCCAAGCGUUAGAAAGUGCACAUAAGGUGAAUUGCAUUGUCUUUGACAAGACAGGAACUCUUACGAUUGGAAAGCCUGUGGUUGUUAGCACAAGACUCUUGAAAAAUUUGGCACUGAGGGAUUUUUAUGAGCUCGUAGCUGCAGCUGAGGUAAACAGUGAGCACCCGUUGGCCAAGGCCAUUGUAGAGUAUGCCAAGAAAUUCAGAGAAGAUGAAGAGAGCCCUAAGUGGCCAGAAGCACAAGAUUUUGAGUCCAUUACCGGACACGGAGUGAAGGCUAUCGUCAGAAACAAGGAAGUGAUGGUGGGAAAUAAAAGUUUGAUGUUGGAAAACAACAUCCCCAUUUCAAUUGAAGCAGAAGAGAUCCUCGCAGAAACUGAAGGGAUGGCUCAAACUGGGAUUUUAGUAUCUAUUGAUAGGGAAGUGACCGGAGUUCUAGCAAUAUCAGAUCCAUUGAAACCGGGUGCUCAUGAAGUCAUUUCCAUUCUCAAGUCCAUGAAAGUUAGGAGCAUCAUGGUGACAGGUGACAACUGGGGAACUGCAAAUUCCAUUGCCAGGGAAGUUGGGAUUGAAACUGUUAUUGCAGAAGCUAAGCCUGAGCAUAAAGCUGAGAAAGUGAAGGAAUUACAGGCUGCAGGCUAUACAGUGGCAAUGGUAGGUGAUGGUAUAAAUGAUUCACCAGCACUUGUAGCCGCAGAUGUUGGUAUGGCAAUUGGUGCAGGCACAGAUAUUGCUAUAGAGGCAGCUGAUAUAGUUCUAAUGAAGAGUAACCUGGAGGAUGUGAUUACUGCCAUAGACCUCUCCCGGAAAACCUUCUUCCGAAUUCGCCUGAACUACAUUUGGGCUUUGGGCUAUAAUCUCCUGGGCAUUCCAAUAGCUGCCGGGGCCCUUUUUCCAGGCACUGGAUUUCGCUUACCACCCUGGAUUGCUGGUGCUGCAAUGGCAGCCUCUUCAGUCAGCGUUGUUGUGUGCUCACUAUUGUUGAAGAAUUAUAAAAGGCCCAAGAAGCUGGAAAAUCUAGAUAUCGGUGGAAUAAUGAUCGAGUGAUCAAUAAUUACAAUGGUUUUGAUUCAGUUUUUUUUUUUUUCCUGUGAAGGAGUGGAAUUUGCCUUGUGAUAAACUUAAGCAUGUGUUCCUUGAGCAGUGCAGAUAGUCUGUACAAAGUUGUUGAUGCUUGUUAUUUUUUUUUCCUGUAUAAAUACAUUUGCUAGUGGUAACAUGCACCAUCGAUUCUUCUUAAA